AUGUCUGGGCGUGGUAAGCAGGGAGGCAAAGCUCGCGCCAAGGCCAAGACCCGCUCUUCUCGGGCCGGGCUUCAGUUUCCCGUAGGCCGAGUGCAUCGCCUCCUCCGCAAAGGCAACUAUGCGGAGCGGGUCGGGGCUGGAGCGCCGGUGUACCUGGCGGCGGUGCUGGAGUACCUGACCGCCGAGAUCCUGGAGCUGGCUGGCAACGCGGCCCGCGACAACAAGAAGACUCGCAUCAUCCCGCGUCACCUCCAGCUGGCCAUCCGCAACGAUGAGGAGCUCAACAAGCUUCUGGGCAAAGUCACCAUCGCACAGGGUGGCGUCCUGCCCAACAUCCAGGCCGUGCUACUGCCCAAGAAGACCGAGAGCCACCACAAGGCGAAGGGCAAGUAGAAACCUGGAUUAGUUUGCAGCAACUCAGUCCCAAAGGAACCAAAGGCUCUUUUCAGAGCCACCUACAAUUUUGUGGAAGAACUGAGCACUAUGUUUAAUGUAAUUUCUCGUCUUUACCUACUUCUAAACCACUCCAAAGGUUACGUAGAUCAGUCUUCGGUGUCUUGGUUAGGUAGUGACAAUCUCGUUAGCUUUUUAAAAAGCCUGGAUAACAUUAAAAGUAUUAAACCCUCCUUCAUCUUAAGCUUAGUGGAAGAAAAUUUAGUUUUUCCUAAGCUGGCAUUAUCCAAGUAUGUUGAAUUCUAUAUGGUUCACCGUCGGGUUUUACUUUUAGUCUGUUGAGAAGCAAACAUGUCUGCUUUGGGGCCAGAUGUUUUCUGGGUCUUGGUAAAUGACAAACCGAGCAUUCGACGUUCAAUCCAAAUCUAGAUCAACGACUUGGAUUCUUCAUUUCUGAGAAAUAUCUCUCGAAUCUGUAUAAUUAAUUGCAUUUGAACAUUAAUGAUUGAGUUGAGAAUAAUUAUUAGAUUAAUUAGAACAGUUACUUAUGGUGCCAGGUAGUUCUCUUUGAAGCAUUUUCUGAAAAUUCAUUGAAAUUAAAAUUUCCCGAGCUUUCUCACCCCCAGCCACACAAAUUGAUUUCUUAGUAUAGAGAUGACUUAAUUUGUUUCAGCAUGGUAAAUUCCACUUUUAAAAUAUCUGACUUGAUGUUUUUAAUCUGAAUCAGAUCUGGAUAUACGAAUGUAAUAGAUUCUUAAAAUGAAUUACAUUUCUAGAGUAUUGGAAAAAUAAGCUGCAAUGGAAUUACUUUAAUCUAAAAGUGAAAAGUUCACAUAAAGUUGUUUCUUUGACAUUUUUUGGCCUUGAAUUUCUCACAUGCGAACCAGCUUUUCUUGGUUAUAAAAAUAGAAGUUUUUAAAAUUUAAGUGGUCAAAAGAUAGAAAAUUGAGGGGACAGGUGUAUAAGGCUAUCCUGUCCAGUAUUGCAGCCACUAGCCAAUUGUGGAUAGUGAUGAUUGGAAAUUCCAUAGCAUGAAUUUUAUAUAAAAUACACAUUGCAUUUGGAAAAGUCAGUGCCAAAAAGUGUAAAAUACCUAACAAUUUUAAUUUCGAUAACAUUGAAAUAUGUUGGCUAUAUUGGAUUAAGCAAAAUAUUAAAAAUUAAUUUUUCCUUGUUUUGUUACAAUGUUCUCCUAGAUAAAUGUAAAUUACUUAUAUUGCUCUCAUUUAUUUCCACUGGAAAUCGCUAGUAUAGUGAACAACUGUAUAGCGAAAAUAGAAAAUAAAAUAUGGAGACCAUGAACUGCUAAGUCUGUCAGAGGAAUAGGUGAACAACAAAAAUUUGAGUCCUUCGCCAAUCCGGUUACUGUUGGGUAGGCCUUCAGCAUACUUUUGUCCAAUCAGCUUCAGACUCUCACUAUAAAUAAGCGGCUAGCUUUCUCUUUCUCCUGAAGUGAAUCUAGCUCUGAAGGCAUGGCGCGUACGAAGCAGACUGCUCGCAAGUCCACCGGCGGCAAGGCUCCGCGCAAGCAGCUGGCCACCAAGGCGGCUCGGAAGAGCGCUCCGGCCACCGGCGGUGUCAAGAAGCCCCAUCGCUAUCGGCCUGGUACAGUGGCUCUCCGCGAGAUUCGCCGCUACCAGAAGUCCACCGAGCUGCUGAUCAGAAAGCUGCCUUUUCAGCGUCUGGUGCGUGAGAUCGCGCAGGACUUCAAGACCGACCUGCGCUUCCAGAGCUCCGCGGUGAUGGCGCUGCAAGAGGCAUGCGAGGCCUACCUGGUGGGGCUCUUUGAGGACACCAACCUGUGCGCCAUCCAUGCCAAGCGGGUGACUAUCAUGCCCAAGGACAUCCAGCUCGCACGUCGUAUCCGCGGCGAGAGGGCUUGAGUCUCAAGGACUCACCGAUUACAUACCCAAAGGCUCUUUUCAGAGCCACCCACAUGCGCGCUGAAAAGAUCUGUUUCUCUCAGGAAUUCUUCCUGGUACUUGUUUUGCCUGUAGUAGAUAGGGCCCAUUUCCAGACGUUAUACAAUCUGUUUCGUAAGACAGCCUGUCCCUUUUUGAAUGCUAAUUUUGGGAGUCUUAACAUCUAAUAAUGUCCGGCAUUUUCCCGUAAGCAUUCAGUGUAGCCAAAAGUUCCUUCGUGUAUUGCCCUCCCAUCUCCGCAGCCAGGUUUUGACCGGAUGGUGCUUCUAAUUUUCUGCUAACCUGUACUGUGGUGUGUGUAUAUUUCUUGCCAACACGCCAGAAAUAAAACUAAGGUUGUACUGAAGUUGGAAAAAUUCAGGUUAAUGUAGCUCAUGCUGGCUAAAGUGAAACAUUCUCCCCCCGCCCCCCGUUCCUAAGCAGUGUUAAGUUUUCUUUGAAUUUUUUCAAGCCGGAUUUUGGGCCUGCUUAAACCACUUAAAUGUAGUUAAUGACAGAUGGUUUGAGGAUUAAAAGUCGUCUGGAGAAAGCCCGCCAGAGAACAUUCCCUUUGAAGCCCCAUGUAAAAAUACGUGUGGGAGAGAAAGUGUUUUCUCUGAAUUCUGCUGACAGUGGCUAAAACUCUGAACUGUCAGGAGUAUUCAAAAUAAGACUGCCUUGUAGGUAAGCCUGUGGUAGUUUUUUUGAGCACAGGAUAAAAUACUUGAGUCUUUGCUUAAAUGUUACCUUCUCAUUGAGGCUUUGUAUGACUAAAUAAAAUCUGUAUAAUCCCCACCUAUUUUUUUCACCCUAGAAUUUGUCACUAUAUGCUGUACCAGAGUUUGCUGAUGUAUUGCUUGUGUGUUCUAAAAUACAGGCUCAUGAGAGGAGGAACUUUUGUUUACUCGCAUAUCUCCAGUAACGUAGGAGCUUUUGAUCAGUAUUUGCUGGAUAAAUGAAUGAAUGCAUGGGUAUAUAAUAGUAAGGAGACAUACCCACAUGGAAAAUCUCAAAUGAAAGAAAUACAUCAGCUUGGUAGAUAUGCUCAAAUCAGCUUCUUGUGGGCCAGGAAAGCCCUUACCUCAUCCAUUCUUGUAUUCAGAAUGCUAGAUUUCUAAACUUUUCUUCUGUGAGCUCUCUAGCAUUCUUAUAAGUAUUCAAGAUUUUCCCUGGCAAAUUGGCUUGUGUAUGUGUGUUAUCAUCUCUGUCUCUCCUUAGCUUAACUUGUGAAGGAUGUAAGUGGAAAGAUCAUAGUAUUUUUACACUGAGUUUUAAAAAGCAGUUUUAAUUCUCUAUCUUGUUUCAGUUGGCUAUUUAUAUAUCUUCAGUUAUUAGAAUUGGUUACAUUCUUAAUACACUUUUUUGGAAAUUUGAUAUCAAGAUCACUACUGCAACAUUCACAAUCUGCUCAUCCUCAUCUUCUUGUGUGUGGGUUCAUGAUUUCAUUAUUUCCACAUGUAUGGAAUUUAGAAAGAUAAAUAAUUUAUGAUUAAUAUUUUACAAAUUAAAAUAAUGCUUUAAUACUUUUAAUUGGAAUCAACACCGUAAGCAAAACAAAAUAGUUUUUCCUCUCUCAGAAAUUAGCUUUCUUCUGGAAAGGAAGAUACACUAUUUUGGAGGGAAGCAGUGCCUCUAGGACACUUAGGGGCCCAACUGCUAAACCGAUGGAUAUUGUUGAGUGUGUAAAUAGUGCAUUCCUUCUUUCUGUGCUGGGAAACUAAGAGCUAGUAAUAAAUCAGGAAGGGCUCACACAGAGACUGCCUGGUAUGUACUAAUCAAUACUCUUGCUGGCUGGGUAGGGCAUCCUCUCCUGGAGAUAUGCAGCCAACAUACUCCCAGUUAAAUUUCCAGUUAUAAUUACAUGAGGAAUUAUUUAUUUAAGGGACAGUGAAUAGUUCUAGUUAUGUGGAAAUGAAUACUCUAUGUCUUUUCAAAACACUCCAUGUACUGAAUUACAAUAGUCUGGUAACCAUCCAACUCAGCUCAUUUGUCAGGAGUUCAUGACCAGCCUGACCAACAUGGUAAAACCCCGUCUUUACUAAAAAUACAAAAAAUUUAGCCAGGUGUGGUGGCAUGUGCCUGUAGUCCCAGCUACUCUGGUGGCUGAGGCAGGAGAAUCGCUUGAACUCGGGAGGUGGAGGUUGCUGUGAGCCGAGAUCACGCCACUGCAGUUCAGCCUGGGCGACAGAGGGAGAUUCCAUCUCAAAAACACAAAACAAACAAAGAAAAAAUAAAUUUUAAAAAAAGGACAUAA